AUGGCAAUGGGGCCUGGCGGCUGCAGCCCUACCAACUCAGAGCAAUCUCAGGAAAUUUGCUCCGCAGGACUGCUGGUGUUCUCCGGCUGCUCAGAGCACGAUGCCAACUUGGCUAAACAUUUCUGGCUCGGGGCGUCGAUGUAUCCCCCGACGGAAUCUCAGCUGGUGCUGAGAGGCAGCCACCAGCGUCUGCCAGUGGCCGGGUCUUCUAAGACCCUUGUGCCUGAGAAAAGUACUUCUCUGCCUUUUCCCCUGGAAAAUAACAAUAUUCAUACUGAAGCUCUAAAGAUUCAGGAAUCUGAGGAGAAAGAAAAGUAUCUCCAAAAGGCUAAAAAGAGAGCUGAGAUUCUCCAGCUCUUAAGGAAACAAAGAGAAGACCGGAUCUUGAAAGAACUGAUUUCCUUACCUUAUAAGCCUAAGGCUAAAAUGCCCCAAGAAAAGAAAGAGUCACCAGAGCCAGAUAAACAGGACCAAGAAGAAGUCAAAGCCUUGGACUGAUAUGAUUGACAUUUAGUAUAGAAUGACU